AUGUUCAAUGAUAACAUACAGCAGAAUGAAUCAGUAGAGAAGAAAUCUAAAAGUGCCCACUUGGCUUUACAGCUUCCCGAAAUCGUCGAUCGUAUCAUGUACUUCUUAACAGUUCCCAUUCAUAUGAUAGACGAGCAGCACAAGCACAAAUUGUAUGAAAAUAUAUACCCUUGCCUCUUUAUAAACGGGCUAUGGCAUGAUUGUGCUGUACGGUGGAUAUGGAAGCAUGUUACUUUUGAAGAUAGCAAAUCAGAGUUCGAUGCUUUGCUUAGAUUCUGCUAUACAGUUGGAGGAAAUGACACGCAAGAUUAUGCACCGCCUCAUCCCAUGCGCUCUUCUUCAACAGCUGCCAAUCUAGCUAUUGCCAGUUCUCCAAACGUUUCUACGAUCCGAUAUUAUCCCUCUUUCUAUUCUCCUUACGCCCACUACACUCAACACAGAAAAGCGAUUCGCUCUAUCACAUUACGUAAAAUAAAAGACAAAGCGAUCAACAAACCAUUGAUGCAAAUAGGCCGCUAUACCCAGCGACUAGAAAAGCUUGACAUCUACAUUUGUGACCAUCUUGCAGACAGCUCAGUUCAUACCUUUAUCACUUACAACCACAAUUCCCUUACCUUUCUUUCUCUCGCUGGCUGUAACCGUAUCACUGACGAAGCCAUUAUCAGUGUUGCUCAUCACUGCCCAAAAUUGAUGCACUUGGACCUGCGUGCAUGUGGUUUAAUCUCUGACGUAUCCAUCAAGGCUAUUGCCACCCAUUGCCCCAACCUCUUUCAUCUGAACGUAGGUCGUGUCCGCGAUCGAGAGAAAAUCACCAUGGCCUCUAUUAAUUUGGUCGCUCAACAAACGCAAGUGGGCGUCUUAGGGCUAGCUGGGUGCGAUAUCACAGAUGAAUGUUUGAUUUUACUGGCACAGGCGAGGAACAAGGGACUGGAAAGAAUUUCUGUUAACAAUUGCUAUCGGAUCACCAAUCGGUCGUUACGAGCAUAUGUCACUUAUUGUCCAAACUUAUCCGUAUUUGAGAUGAAGGAAUGUCAUAGAAUCAAUGACUGGAGUGCAGUGGCAGAGUUAGUGCAGCGUAAAGUGCUGCUGACCUUGUGUGAACAGCAAAAUAAAUCGUGCUUAGAAUGGGCACGACAGAGAGGCAGGGUCUUAACAGUAAAGCCACCCAUCAAAUCACCCUGA